ACUUAUGGCAAAUAUUGAUGGAGGAAGUUUGAAACAAUUUGAAGCAAAAGAAUGGCUUCUACAGCAGCAAAAAACAUCCUUCAACCACUACAUUAUACUUCUUUUAAUUCUUCAUCUUUCCUAACGAACAACUUUUACAAAUCUUCUAUAAUUUUGGCCACUCCUACUGCUAGAUUAACAAGGCAAGUUGUGUUUCAAGCUCAAGCACAAGCACGCCCCACUUGGCUUCCUGGCCUUGACCCUCCACCCCACCUUGAUGGAAGUUUGGCAGGAGAUUAUGGGUUCGACCCACUUGGCCUAGGAGAAGACCCAGAUAGCUUGAAAUGGUAUGUGCAAGCGGAGCUGGUUCAUGCCCGCUUCGCUAUGGCGGGCAUAGCUGGCAUUCUUUUCACUGAUUUGCUUCGUACUACAGGAGUCAGCAAAUUGCCAGUUUGGUACGAGGCUGGUGCAACCAAAUUCGACUUUGCUAGUACAAGAACACUGUUGAUUGUUCAGUUAAUCUUAAUGGGAUUUGUGGAAACUAAAAGGUAUAUGGACUUCAUCAAUCCUGGAUCUCAAGCACAAGAAAAUGCUUUUUUCUUUGGUCUAGAACCAGCUUUUGAAGGCCAAGAACCUGGGUACCCAGGUGGCCCAUUUCUAAAUCCUCUUGGUCUAGCCAAAGACAUCAAGAAUGCUCAUGAGUGGAAGCUCAAAGAAAUUAAAAAUGGACGACUGGCGAUGAUAGCAAUGCUAGGCUUAUUUGUGCAAGCUCAUGUAACACACACUGGUCCAAUUGAGAAUCUUGUGCAACACCUCUCUGAUCCAUGGCAUAAAACUAUCAUUCACACACUCUCUAACCCUCCUUCCUAAUUCUAUCUUUUGUGAAUAUCCAAUACAAGUCCUUUAUUUUUUACAUGACACACAAGCAAUGAAUGUGUAACAUAUAUGAGUAGCAAGUACUCAAUUAUUGUUGUGAAUGCUCAAAUAUUAUUACGAUAUGUUGUAAGUCUUUAACCGAAUAUAAAUCAAAAUUCGUGAUCUAAUUCAGAAAAAAAAGAAUUUCGAGAUUA